CUCAAAUACUGGCUGAACCGUCCCUCUUGUCCUCCUGUAUUUAGAGAGGUCAAGUGGCUAUUUGACAAAUUUGUGUCUCCCUUGACCAAUGCUAAUCCAAGUGAUGGAUGUCAAGUCUUGCAUGCUCGCACCUUCCACGAGGGAUCUAUCUAUACUUGCGACUCCACUCAUGUUGGUAACAGCCUCAUUCUUUAUUAUCCUGACGGCCUUAGGAAUGUGCAACCAAUACCAGGGACCAUUAAGUAUAUUUUUGAAACAGAGCGAGGAGUGUGUUUCGCCGUGCAGCAUCACCUUCCAUCAGAUUCUCACUCUGAUCCUUUUCUCCAUUAUCCUCACUUCCCAGCUCGUUUAUUCUCGUCAGCGCUCACUCAACAUCUCACAAUUGUC